AUGUUUGAAGGCAUGAUCAAUGGGUAUGCCCAAACUGACCUUGCUGAUUCUGGCUUGAAGUUCCUUGUCAUGGACGAGAAGUACGCACGAAGUAUUGGUGUGGAGAUUCAUACCGCACAUCGGCAUUGUACCAGAUUGAAAUUCGCUGACAACUCAGUCGCCAAAACUGCCGGAAUGGCGUAUGAUUUCGAAUGGUGUUUUGGCCGAGAUAAUGAAAUCAGCCCACCUCGCAUUCUGAACUUUCAUAUUCUGGAAAACGCUCCUGCAAACGUCAUAUUAAACGACGCACUUCUAUUUGACACCAAGGCAUUCUCAAAAUACCUUGACUACUUAAUAGACGACGAUGACGAUUACAAUUACGAGUUUGAGGAGGAAGGUAUGCAUAUUUACUUUUUCGCGAUUGAUUUUGACAAGAAAACGAGGCAAGGGCAAGGUGUGCUCGCCAGUUAG